AAUGGGAAUCAACCAGUCAGUGGGCUUUCCACCUGUGACAGGACCCCACCUUGUGGGCUGCGGGGAUGUGAUGGAGGGUCAGAGUCGCCAGGGGAGCUUCUUUCGACUCUUCUACCCCUGCCAAGAGGCAGAAGAGACCCUGGAGCAGCCCCUGUGGAUCCCCCGCUAUGAAUACUACACUGGCCUGGCCGAUUACCUGCAGUUUAAUAAGCGCUGGGGCGGGUUGCUGUUCAACAUGACUAUGGGAUCUUGUCGCCUGCCUGUCAACUGGAAUGGCCCCUUUAAGACAAAGGACUCUGGAUACCCCUUGAUCAUCUUCUCCCAUGGUCUGGGAGCCUUCAGGACGUUGUAUUCAGCUUUCUGCAUGGAGCUGGCUUCCCGUGGCUUUGUGGUGGCUGUGCCUGAGCACAGGGACCAGUCAGCUGCAGCCACCUAUUUUUGCAAGAAGGCUCCUGAAGAGAACCAGACCACCAGUGAGUCACUGGAGGAAGAAUGGAUCCCGUAUCAACAAGUUGGGGAAGGGCAGAAGGUAUUCCAUUUUCGGAAUUCCCAGGUACACCAGAGGGCAAGUGAGUGUGGACGGAUAUUGAAGAUCCUGCAAGAGGUCACUGCUGGACAUACUGUCUUCAACGUUUUGCCUGGUGGGUUGGAUCUGAUGACCUUCAAGGGCAGCAUUGACAUGAGCCGUGUGACUGUGAUGGGACACUCAUUCGGAGGGGCCACAGCUGUUCUGGCUUUGGCCAAGGACAUGCAGUUUCGGUGUGCUGUGGCUCUGGAUGCUUGGAUGUUUCCGCUGGAACGUGACUUUUACCCCAAGGCCCGUGGCCCUAUAUUCUUCAUCAAUUCUGAGAACUUCCAGACAGUGGAGACUAUCAAUUUGAUGAAGAAAAUAUGUACCCAACACGAACAAUCUAAGAUCAUAACUGUCCUUGGUUCUGUUCAUCGGAGUCAAACUGACUUUGCCUUUGUGACUAACAAUGUGUUUGGUAAAUUCUUCUCCUCUCAAACCCGUGGAAGCUUGGACCCCUAUGAAGGUCAAGAGAUUGUGGUUCGGGCCAUGUUGGCCUUCCUGCAGAAGCACCUUGACCUGAAGGAGAACUAUGAUCAAUGGAAUAAUCUCAUUGAAGGCAUUGGACCAUCACUCACCCCAGGGGCCCCACACCAUCUGUCCAGCCUGUAGGCACAAGUGGUCAGCUUCAAAAAGUCACUUAAGCUGCCGUUCCAUUUGAGGGCUGCCCAGGCGUGCCCAUAGUCUUCCACCAGGAAGUGCUUAACAUGACCCUUCACAGAGAGGAUAUAAUCACAUUGCUUAUUGGGUAAUUAGGGACUUUGAUCUUGGACUUGUUGAUCUUCAACUCAUGCUGGGACUUGACUCACUUGCUGAUUGACAGACUAACUCUCUAGGGCCUGAACCCUGAUGGUGUGGGGAGCAAGCAGUGG